AAGUGAAGCAUUUGCCUGCGUGCUGUCCUGUGCUCGGCUCACCGCUCUAACUGCGAGUGAAGGUAAAUUUGACUUGAGGCUCGGCAUAGUGGGAGUCACUCUGUGCCACACCGGGAGUGCCUUUGGGAGAAGUGGGGGUUGUUUGCAGAGAGGAGGUCAUUCAAGCAGUGCUUGAUGGAGGGGAGAGCAAGACAGGAGGAGGUAGACAGCAGUUUUCAGCCCUUUUAAAUCUUUCAUAAGGGAGAUCCUCCUACGUCAAGCUGCCUGGGUGGACAUAGCGAAAGAGCUGGUACUGAGGGGUGUGUUCGGCAGGCACCAACAGUUACACAGGGACAUAGAGAAAAAGAACCAGAGUGAUAGAGCACUGGGGUGAGCGCUUUAUAGACAACAAGACCAGGAGGGAAAUGGUAGAGAAGCAUUUAUGAGAGGAGAAAUUCUUCUCUUCUGCAAGGAGUAGAUGUGACCCUACUGUGGGUGAAGCUCCUCUGAGAACCUCUGAUGAACAGAAGACCAGCAGGAAAGCACGGUGCAUUAGCCAAAGGAAAGAAAGAGGGAGAGGGCACGCCUGCCGGCUGGCUAAUCCUUGACCCUGUAAAGAACAGGCAACACAAACAACAAAAGGGUAUGCUUGAGCUGGCCUUUUUUUCUGGGUGAAUGUUUGUGUGUGAAGUAGCCUCAAUCCUUCCGCCACAACAUUUCAACCAGUGUAAACUUCUCUGUGGCAAGAGGAGGAUGAAAACAGCUGUACAUGACUAGCUGAUGUGACUGAAUUGGGACGGAAAGGGCAGAAUUUGAAAAAGUAAAGAGAGACUCAACCCAGGCUGCAGGGAUGUCAUCCAACGAGCUAAGUGUUGAAAUGGAUUCCUGCAUUCGGACAUUCAAGGAGCACAUGCACUUGGAGCUGGAGCCUCCAAAAAUCCCAGGUGUGGUCGGAGGGAAGAGGGGCGCCACAUCGCCCAAACUGUCCCCAAGAAGCUCCCCGCGCCUCUUCCGCAAGCUGAUGGUCAACAAGAGUAUCCGCCAGAGGCGACGCUUCACUGUAGCCCAUACCUGUUUCGAUGUGGAGAAUGGCCCGUCCGCCAGCUGCAGCCCUCUGGACCCCCAGGCCUCCCCCGGCUCUGGUCUGGUCCUACACACUAACUUCCCCGGUCAUAACCAACGGCGAGAGUCCUUCCUCUACCGCUCCGACAGCGACUAUGAUCUUUCACCCAAGUCUAUGUCACGAAACUCCUCCAUCACCUCUGAACUACAUGGUGAUGACCUGAUAGUAACACCUUUUGCUCAGGUUCUGGCAAGCCUUCGAAGUGUGAGGAAUAACUUCACUGUGUUGACCAAUGUCCAGUGUGCCUCCAGCAAGAGGUCGCCUGCAGCAACCACUCAGCCUCCAAUCACCAGAGUUUGUCUACCAGAUGAGGCGUACCAGAAGCUGGCCAUGGAGACGAUGGAGGAGUUGGACUGGUGUCUGGACCAACUGGAGACCAUCCAGACCUACCGCUCCGUCAGUGACAUGGCCUCUAACAAGUUCAAGAGAAUGUUGAAUCGGGAGUUGACGCACCUAUCUGAGAUGAGUCGCUCUGGGAAUCAGGUUUCCGAAUUCAUCUCCAACACCUUCCUAGACAAACAGAAUGAGAUGGAGAUGCCGUCGCCGACAUCCAAGACGCGAGAGAAGAAGAAGCAGCAGCAGAAGCAGCAGCUAAUGACACAGAUCAGCGGAGUCAAGAAGGUCUCCCAUGGGCCCUCUCUCUCCGGCAGCAGCAUAUCACGCUUUGGCGUCAAGACCGAUAAGGAGGAGCUGCUGUCCAAGGAGCUGGAGGACCUCAACAAGUGGGGCCUGAACAUCUUCACUGUUUCGGAGUACUCCCACAGCAGGCCUCUUACCUGCAUCAUGUACGCCAUUUUUCAGGAGCGAGACCUGUUAAAAACAUUUAAGAUCCCCGUGGAUACGUUGGUGGCCUACAUGAUGACAUUGGAAGAUCACUACCAUUCAGAUGUGGCCUACCAUAACAGCCUGCACGCUGCCGACGUAGCCCAAUCUACACACAUCCUCCUCUCCACUCCAGCGCUGGAUGCGGUCUUUACAGAUCUUGAGAUCCUAGCAGCCAUCUUUGCUGCAGCUAUCCAUGAUGUUGACCAUCCUGGAGUAUCAAACCAAUUCUUAAUCAAUACCAACUCUGAGCUGGCACUAAUGUACAACGAUGAGUCUGUGCUAGAGAACCAUCACUUGGCUGUGGGAUUCAAGCUACUACAGGAAGACAACUGCGAUAUCUUCCAGAACCUCACCAAGAAACAGCGACAGUCCCUCCGCAAGAUGAUCAUUGACAUGGUUUUGGCCACCGACAUGUCCAAACACAUGAGUCUGCUGGCUGAUCUGAAGACAAUGGUGGAGACCAAGAAGGUGACAAGCUCUGGAGUGCUGCUGUUGGACAAUUACACCGACAGGAUGCAGGUGCUGCGUAACAUGGUGCACUGUGCUGACUUGAGUAACCCCACCAAGUCCCUGGAGCUGUAUCGUCAGUGGACUGAUCGUAUAAUGGAGGAGUUCUUCCACCAAGGAGACAGAGAGAGGGAGAGGGGAAUGGAGAUCAGCCCUAUGUGUGAUAAACACACAGCCUCGGUGGAGAAGAGCCAGGUGGGUUUCAUCGACUACAUUGUCCACCCUCUGUGGGAGACCUGGGCCGAUCUGGUCCACCCUGACGCCCAGGACAUUCUGGACACCCUGGAGGAUAACAGGAACUGGUACCAAAGCAUGAUCCCCCAGAGUCCCUCCCCGCCCUUUUACGACCAGGUCACACACGGACACAGUGGAGGGACUGGAGGUCAGGGAGGCGGGGAGAAAUUUCAGUUUGAGCUCACCUUGGAGGAGGAGGACUUGGAUGGAAUAGAGAAAAAUGGCGAAGGGGAGGAGGACGAGGAGGAAGAAGAAGAGUUAGAAGAGGAAGAGGAUAGUCUUGGAGAUUCUCGUUCUCCUCCACUGGACUAUUUGGAAAGUCAGGAGUUUGAGGAGGGCAGCAUGAUGGAGCCGGCAAUAGAGAUUGUGACACAUGAGGCGUCGCCCACAGACACAUAGGCUUCCAUCAUCAGGCUCACGUGGUGAUCUGAAAGUUUUUUGGCAAAAGAGGGGAGAUCCUCUUGCAGCUGUGCUUAAGCCCACAGAAGCAAGGGCUUAGUUUGGUCCCGCACAGGGGCGUCUUGCACUUGGGUGUUUGAAGCAGACACGGACGGACAGUUUCAGUGAGGCGGCUUCAGAGUUCUCAGGAAAUAAUUACUGCGAACAUUUUAGUCUUGAUGGACAGGCGAGACUGAGGGUGGAACAUGAAGGAUUUUGGCCAGUUUUGGAAAUAGUUACUUUUCUUUUCUGGACUGGCAUUAAACGGACAUUGACACUACUGAGAGAAGUUUUGUACCUUAAGACUUUUUUUACAGAUAUGAUAUGAUCUAGAAGUAGCAUAGAGUAAGAUCUACUGAUGGAUACACAUUUGUAUAGCAAGAGAAAGAGUUUACUUUUUUCCUGUACCAUUUGUGAAAGGACUUUUGUGUGCCUUUUUUACUAUUGUCUUUAUAAUAGUUUUUUAUUUAUUGAACACACUAGUAUGUCUGUGAAAUGUUUUUUUUUUCCUAUCUGAAAGAGCAAAAUCUUUUUUUUAUAUGUUAAAAAGAGAACUGUCUUCCAUGUAUUGGGCAAUAGAGAAAUCCAAACAAAUGUCGACAAACAACUCUUGGACAAACUCAUCGGAAUAGGGAACCAUUAACACCCACAUUUUACGCACAUUUUCUUACUUUUGUUUGUCAAUCUGAGCACAAUGUUUUACACGUGGAAUUCAGACGCUUCUGGUUCACUUAUGGUUCAUGUUACAUGUUUAGUUUGUCGCUUUCUCUAUCAGAUGUUGGUCAAUGAAUGUCAUAGUUACACUUAAAUACAUAAUCUAUUUUCAUACUCCAUCUCUCUGUACAUCAUAUCUCCUCUGGUCUGCAGACCAUUGGGGACUUGCCAUCUUUUCACAACAGAACUUUACUUGUAAUGCCAAAUCUCAGCAAGGAUAUGAAAUCCUACAUUUAAAACUAAAUGGUAGAUAUUCCAGAUAUUCAGAUAUUCCUGCUAAAUUUUCUGUGUAAAUUUAUUAGGACAUUUCAUAUGUUCGAUUUAGUCUUUUUGACUUUUUUUUGUUUUUGUGGUGGUGUGAAAAAGAGGUUAGUCCAGUUCAAACCUUCAUAACCUACAUGAAUCUACCACAAGGUGAAAUCAUCAGAAAUACAAACAGCUCAUGACAACAAGCUGCUUAGAUCUAUGAUAAAAUGAGAAAUGAAGUCUGCCAAGGACGAAAUGCACAACAGUGGUGAAUCUAUUUUUAGCCCACAGGUAUGUUGCAGUUUUAAUAAUCUUGUUAGAUAGAACGGGUCCUGACCCCAGACCUGCCUGAUGUAACGCCCCCCUGCCACUCUGCAAUCAGGCCGAGACCAGAUGAUUAAAGGUGCUCUUACAGCUGCCUGUCUGAAAGACGCUCUCAGGCCCUAAUCAGCUCCACUAUUCACAUGGUUUACAAACCCCUCUGGGCUCCACGGACACAACCCCAAAACAAUCAGGCUAUUUCUUCCUCACAAUAAAAAUCCCUCAAGUGCAGCGGCUGCUCAUUGACGUCAAUUGAUUUUUUUUUAACUCUCCCCCUUGGCUGUAUCAGGUUUCCAGGACAGUCGGGUUAUUGGGAUUUGGUACAGAUGGAAUUGCUUGACUUAUCAUGGCAGACUAUUCGGGAAAAAA